AGCUUUAUAUUAUAAUUCUUAAUAUAUUAUCGCUUUUACCGUGCAAUUUGCACGUUGUAAGCUAUGGUUAUUUAAAGGAAAAGAAAUAGAGAUAGUUUAUGGAGAUUUUUAUUUUGAUUUUGAUCGGUCAGUUUGUAUGGCAGCUAUAUGGUCGCCCGAUAUCGGCAGUUUCAGCAAUUGAGUAUCUUCUUUGGACCAAGUUGGCCGUUUGCAUCAUGUUGGAUCAUCAAAAAAUUACUUAUGUUUAAUACGGUAGUGGCUCAACUCAUAUCUCUACACCAGCUUUUUGUAGCUCGAUCGUUGCUUCGCUUUAGCGGCCGUAAUCAGUGAUCAUUACACAAUAGUACAAGGACUGAGGCAAAGGAUAAACCCAAAUACAAAACACGUAUAAAAUGAGUAUCACAUGUUUCAAAUGUUUGCAUUUAACAACAAGUUGUAUCGAAUGCAGUAUCGAGCUAGUAGUAGAGUGAUAUCUCUGACAAAAUAUUUUCAAAAUCUCCAGCUUCAAAAAAAUUUGGCUAACACUUUUCAUUCAUGCCGAUUUUCUUAAUAUACAAAAAUGAAAACAUACGUUAUAGUGUUGCCUUCACCUCUAAAAUAUAAAUAAUAAUUAGUUACUCAUCUAAAGCGACAUAAUAAUACGAUAACAUCAAUUAUGAUAGACAUAAACGUACAACUGGUUUAAACAAAUGAAUAAAUAUUCGAAAUCGAAAAAUAAAACUGUUCUGUUAUUAAAUUUGUAAUGUUAGAAAUAUUAGAAUUCGAAAAAUUCGAUCUAAGUCCCGAUCAGAUUAUGCUUGUGAAGUUAAAUUGGAUAAACUUUGAGCGUUGCUGUAUAUCCAAUAUUUUAAUACUGUUACUUAAUUUGCCAGUGUAUUAAUAGUUUAUUUAAAAUGCCAAAGGAAAAGGUUUUAACGUAAUUCGAAAAAGUAGAUAUUUCUGGCUUGAAAGGCGUAGUAAAGGCCAUCGCUCCUAAAAUUGUACGCAGUCACUGUAUUAGUACCUAAUUAUUUGAAAAAUCCAAAUAAUUCGUACACUAACUUCAAAAGUGUCACAAUACAGUAAAUGACAAAUGUUCAGGCAAGGAAAAAUCAGUUCCUGCUCGUCUUACUCAAUUUUGAAUUUUAAUUUAAUUGAAUUUAUUAAUUUUAAGACAUUCAAUAACAGUUUUAUAAUCGCACAUAUUUCAACGAAAGUGACAUAUUUCAAAUAAUACAGAUUAAGCUCACUUUUUUCGCUUUCAGAUAUAGCGACACAACUACAAACGACGCAAUUAUUUUCCAGUUAAGCCAAUGCAGAUUCUUGGGCAAUAGCCAAUGGCUUAAAUGGUUCAUUCGGAUAAAGCUUAAUUUUCAAUUUAAAGAAAUUGUCUAUGAAACGGUGAAAUUGUGUAAAAAUGCAGAACGUUCAGGACUGGCGCGAACGUGGCACUGAGGAUGCCAAUACCAUUUCAAUGCGAAUUUGCCAGGAGGGGCAUGCGAAUGCAUUGGCGUUGAAUAGAGAAUGUAACCAAAUAGCCGUCGCUGGCCGAAGUCUUUUAAAGGUGUAUGCGAUUUAUAGUGAUGGGUUUACAGAAGUCUGCAAUAUGCGCGGUGGUAAAAAUCAAAAUCUUAGUUACUCAUCUAACGAUGUAGCUUGGAGCUCUUUGGAUAGUAAUAUAUUGGCUACAGCUGCCACAAAUGGUGUAGUAUCGGUAUGGGAUCUAAGCCGCUUCGGGCAAAAGAAACAAUUACAUGUUUAUAAUGAGCAUGAACGUACUGCACAUACAGUUGGCUUUGACAUUCACGAUCCGCACAUACUUGUAUCUGGUUCACAAGACGGUACUAUUAAGCAAUUCGACAUACGCAAUGAAAAGUCGUCAUAUACUUAUUAUAGUAAUUCAGAAUCUGUCCGUGAUGUAAAAUUUAGUCCACAUAUGCAAUAUGUGAUAUCAGCAGUAUCAGAAAAUGGCACCGUUCAAUUGUGGGACCUGCGAAAAGGCGACAAAAGUAUUCUACAAUUCACAGCCCAUAGUGGACCUGUUUAUACUUGUGAUUGGCAUCCUACUAAAAAUUGGCUGGCCACCGGCAGCCGUGAUAAACAAAUAAAAAUUUGGAAUAUGGAUGGGAAAGCAUCGUUGGAGCAUACAAUUCAUACCAUUGCAGUCGUGGGCAGGGUAAAGUGGCGCCCUGAUCGAACUUAUCACAUAGCAAGUUGUGCAUUAGUAGUCGAUUAUAGCAUUCAUGUUUGGGAUAUUCGACGGCCAUACAUACCUUUUGCUUCCUUCAAUGAUCAUACCAAUGUUACUACAGGCAUCGCUUGGAAGGGAGAUAAUUCUCAGCUCUUACUUUCGACCAGCAAAGACUCUACUAUUUACAGACAUGCAUUUAAAGACGCCACCCGUCCGGCUUUGAAAGCAAAUGCACAAGGUGCUAGUUUGGGCCAUCGUGGAGAUAUUUCUUUCGCCCGAAAAAUUAAGUUAAUCCCUACUGAGACUAUUACACAUGGGUCUAAAAUUAAUUCAUUUGUCAAUCGGCGACGGCCCACAAAUACUGAUGAGCAAUUCCAUUUAGCUCAAUCAGAUGUUUGCCAGUUUAUUCUUAAGCCAUCGUACACUGGAUAUUCAGUUGAGGAGGAAACUACACAUUUAAAGGAACAUGAAUGCUUCAUAGGCUGUGCUAAAGAGCUCAUUUUGUACGGUAAAAAAUUGACAGAUAUGUGUGAACAAAAUGCAAUUGUUACAAAAAAAUACGGAAAGCAUAAUGCAACCACAUUGUGGACCUUUAUUAAGGUUUUAUAUGGUUCCACUGAAUUUAGUAAACAGAAAUACGAUAUACAUCGCAACUCUUUUUCUAAUCAAAAAAGUGUGCAAUCGUUACGUCGCCCCGCACAAAUAGCAAACGUUCACGAAGUGCUUCAGUGGGAUAGUAACAAAAAUAAUGACGCUGCCAGUAUUGACGACAGUGUAGAUAAUGUUAUGCAUCUGGAUAUCGAUUCAUCUAACGGUAUAGUGGGCGUAGGUUUGGGGAGCAUUAAACAAAAUUAUCCCCCAUUCGGUUCUGUAAUUCUCUCCGAAACACAAAUACUUAAUGAAAUAACAUUUGACAAUUUUGAUCUACUACGUGAAGGCUUCAUAUACGUCGGACCGCCAGAUUUCUCAAAAAUGCAUUCUCACCAAGAAACCGCAUUGCACCAUGACGUACAAGCGGCACGCCCACAAUUAGAUUUAAAACCCGAAUCUAAGGAUAUCCCACCGUCAUCCAAUAUGCCAAGCCUUCUCAAAGUAAAUACAACGCCCGCCAUACCUAUUUGGGAGCCGCAUCAAUUUGUUGCGGAAUCGAUAAUGUUGCAAGGAGAUGUUGGCGAUGUGCAAACCAGUAUUUCAAUACUGAUCGCUAUGGGAGAGGCACGAAAACUUCUCCAAAUCGAUGAUGCUCUCGUUGAAACAUGGUUUCAAACAUAUAUCGAUCAACUUCAUCGCUAUCAACUCUGGAACGAAGCAUGUAAAGUAAUGAAUCUUUCAUGGCUUCGUUCAGUUCGCGAACUGAAUCAACAAUCCACCUCAGUUCACACAAAUUGUGGUGAAUGUGGACGACCUUUGGGAAGCAGUGUGGGAUGGUAUUGUCAGAAAUGCAAAUCAAUGCAGUCAUCAAAGUGCUCUGUUUGUGGUCUCAUCGUGCGGGGUCUUUACGCGUGGUGCCAAGGAUGCUCACAUGGUGGUCAUUUAGAACACAUUAUGGAUUAUUUUGGCAAUCACUUUAAAUGUCCGAAAUGUGGUCACUUAUGUGAAUACAAUUAGUGAUUUCGAUUCAGAAUAACUGUUUUACUUACAAUACCGUAAAAAUAAAAAGACACCGACAAAUACCGAA